CUGCAAGUGUCAAUAAUUCAUCCGUCUGUGCACGGCUGAAUGAAACAGCUCAACCGGGGAGCAACUCGUGCCGAGUGAGCAUGCGCGGGCAUCGUUAGUUGUCGAUAGCAGCAACCCUGACCAUGGUUCCAUGUGACAGGGCAUGUACAUUUCUCUGCGAUACACACUGACAGAGACAACAGGUGAUGGAUUUCUAACUUUCACACCAGGUAAAGUUUUGAAGGAAAGUGAGCGACAAGGAAUGUGGAUACCCUCCUCUCACCGCACAUGAGGUCGUGCGUACGUCAGUCCGUCCAUAAUGCAGAAAUGUGUCCCGAAAAGCUGGGAAUACCUUGCUGGGCUGCUGCUGAUCCUGUCGUCUGCUCGUGUUGCCGGAGGUGUGUACCAGCUCACAGUGCCGUCCACUCAUGUUGCCUUCUCUGGGGAUCUAGAAAUAGGAUACAGUGUGCCACAAAAUAUAUCCAUGUCCAGUGCAUUCGUCACCAUCCUCUUUUCCGAGGAAGGACUGAAGGAACACGAGAUUACAUCUCUACACAUUCGACCAGGCACGCAUACAGGAAAACUCAUCCUCAGUUGUGGCGUCCUAGAAUAUGCAGGAGCCUACACAUUACAAAUGUAUAUGUUUGUAGGCAGCCGUUUGCUAGCACAAACCACAUUCAUUGUGGAAUGGCCUAGGAUUCAGUUAUUUCUUCCAGAUCGUCGAAGGUUCGCACUCACAGAAAAUGUCCCGUUGCGAAUUCAAUCACGAGCAACAUGUGAACCCAAAAUACAUCGCGAAUCUUUUUUUAUAGAAUUAUAUUUCAAAAGACGUGCUUCAGCAGUGGCUAUUUUACCAAUGGAAAGUUCAAUGAUUAAGCAUACUUUUAACUACACAAACCUGUCAAAGAGGACACAGACAAUUCAAUACCAGUGUGACUUGUUUGACCUUGAUGGAUCGUACCAAGCUGUGCUUAAGUCCACUUUCAACUCAGGGACAGUUGUGACCAGAAGCAACGUAUUCAAUGUUACAUGGAGUCAAUCUUAUAGCAUAAGUAUCCGCAAGGAAAGUAUAUUCCCUUGUAAAGGUGCAAUAACUGUCGUGUAUGUACAACCAGCAUGUGCCAGAACUGAGAAGCAUCUUCAAGACAGGAUACGAAUGUACGAGCUGAGGACAACAACUAAUGGUUCGUUGGCAGCUCCCCUCAGACAGAAAUACAUCAUUGAGAGACAUGCUAAUCCAAAUAGGAACUCGUUUGAACUUAGCUGUAGAUUUUUCAACAAGACAGCUGCCGGAUUUUGUUUCAAAUAUGUCAGCAUUUCAAGAAGUGGAGCAGUGCAUCUGCAGAGACAACAGUGUCUUGCUGCUCAUCCCGAUUCAGUGUUUUACAUAGACGGCGAAUGGAGUGAAUGGACCGAGUGGUCUCUCUGUACCGUCACCUGUGGCUCUGGAAAAAGGAACCGCUUCAGAAUUUGCAAUAACCCCGCCCCUCUCCAUGGGGGCAAGUUCUGUGAAGGUGACCCCGUCCAGUGGAAACCUUGUACUAUGAAAUGCCCAGGAUACCUACCCAAUGGCCCUCUGAAAUCCCCCAAAUUCGACAUGCGGUGUGCGUGUGGGUGUGGGAUGUCUUCUCAUUCAGGGGAAAUAAUAGCUAGUGGCAGGUGCUCCGGCAGAGCUACGUGGACAAUAGAGGUAGAAGACACACAGCAGAUUAAACUCACGUUUACACACUUCGAUAUAUUGGAGUCCAAACAGUGGGUGAAGGUCCGCGAUGGUGACACGCCUGUAUCAGACCUAUUGUACACUAGCACAAAUGGUGAACAACCUAAAAAUGACAUCAGCUCUUCGUCCAACAAGAUGACUGUUGAACUGAUGACUUCUGUCUCUGAUGAAGUUCCAAGUUCUGUAGCAAUAUUUCCCAUCAACGCAACGCUGGCUAUUCACCUCCAUGGAUUCAUCGCAUCAUAUAGGGUAGUUGCUGGAGGUGGUACACGUACAUCCACCAUAAUUCGUCGGCAGAAGUCAUCUAUUCUCGACAGCAAAGUAGCCGUCGUUGGAAUAGCCUUGUGUGUUCUCAUUGUGUUAGUCGUCAUAACCUUCGUGCUUUUUCACAGACUCUAUCACAAACGGCAUAAAUACGCAAUGGCAGCCUCCGAGAGCCCACUGCACAUAGCUCGUAGUACCAGUAUGCACAGUAGUCGAUGUAGUAGCCCGCCUCCUGGGAUAACUAACGUCGACGUUGAGGCACCUCUUACCGGUGAGGCGACAAAAAAGGAUACUAUGUUGUCAAGGGGUUCUUCAAUAUCUAGUACAUGCAGUGCUGGGUUCAAGAAACUACGUUCGAAGGCAGAAUCUGUAACAGGUAGUCCUAAACCCUCCACUAAAAACUAUUCCCCCUUACCUAGUCCAUAUACUGCGCACUCACCUCCUGAAGAGUUUCUGCAUAAUGCAAAUUUCUUUAAAGCUAGUCCAAAUCUAAAAAACUGUAGACCAAGGUCACCUAAAAUUCACCCCUCACCAAAGUUCAAACAUUCUCCUGGGGCAGCAACUCCAUGUUCACCAUCUAAAACUAAACAUGAACUUCUUACAAAGAAGAGAAAGGAGCAGCUAACUAAUGAAUCUGAAAGGAUAGUUACUGGUUCCUCAGGAUCAUCAAAAGAUGCUCCAAUAGCCACGCCAGAGACACCCACACCAGUUGUGAAUAGAAGCGUGAUACCGGUGAAAGGUUCUUUAGCUGUUGCAAGGACACCUGGGGGUGAUAGGACACCCCAGAAUGAAGUGAUUAUACUGGAGAGUCUUCGUGAGGAACAUUCCCGAUUGAAUGGGGAUGAAAGGUACCCUGAUGCAAAUAAUGAAACUACUUCAUUCAUCCAGUCGUCUGUCAAAGCAAGACGGCCAACCUCUCUCACAGAGAGUUAUUCAACAGAGUCUAUUGGUGCUAAACCCAAAAUACGAACUGAAAAACAGUCGAAAGAAGACAAAAGGAAGCCGUCUGCAAUGGAAGAGCGCCAGAAACUGCUACCUAAACCAGAUGGGCAGAGUCCAAAAUCUCCCACAAGGGAGGAACAUUCCAAGAGUUCCACACCUCGCAGUACAAAAAGCAGUCGCAGCUCAAAAAGUGCUAAAACUAUGUCUCCUACCAGGAGCAUUAACACGCCUUCUGAAAUCGGUUCUGUGGACAUUGAACUGGAAUAUGAUGACUUUAUUGAAGACGACCCGUUGUCAUACUUUGAGGUAUCAGAUCUCCAGAAGCUUCGAUGGCAGGGCGGAGAAAAGAUAGGGAAACCUGUAAAGGAUUAGAUAAUUUAUGAGUUUUACGUACCUGUAAAAUAUUUUACUAGAGUAUUAAUAUAUAAGUAUAUUUGAUCCCAGAGAAUGACAUUAACAUUAUUGGAUAAUAAUGUGUUUGGUUUUAUAUCAGUAUUAAUAUAUUAUUAAAUGAACUGAUUAACUGCUGGUAAAGAUGUGGACAGUUCACGACUAUACACAAAAAAAGAGACUCAAACUUUAGAUACUGAGAAAUUAAAGUGAAUUUUUAGACAUUUAAUUUUCUUUUCGCUUAGUCGGUUUUGCAUACUACUUGUAUAGUGCUUCCAAUGCCCACAGCACUCUCAUUUCAUCACAUAUUGCAUUUACAUAUGUAAAUCAACACCAGUGUGCUUUUUAUUGUAAGUCAAUUUUGUGGCUGUAAUGUAAUUUGUGUCAGAUCACUACUGAUGCUAUUUAGUGUAAUGUAAGAUAAGUACAACUCUGCCAAGAUGGUUACACGUGUGAUUCAUUGUUCAUACAUGUACCUAACUAGAUGAAAUCCAUGUCAGUAACAAACUCGCAGCUACGGCUUCCCCUUCUAUGAGGCAAUAUAUUAUAAUGUAAUGAUUUUAGCCUAAUUUUAGCAAACUCAGUAUCGUUGUAAUUUAUGUCAUCUGUUUGAGAAACAAGGUGAACUUCCACCAAGAAUAGAAAAUUACAGAAACAUUUACGAUUGGAUGUAAGAGUAAUAAGAUGUAUUCAAUUGAAUAAAAUGUUUUUAUUCAAAGAUAAAUGACUACACCAUUGAUAUGAUUAUCUCCUCUGAUGUAAGAUUCGAUGUCCUUCAUCUUUCAUCUGGUUGUGUACAUUCUCAACACGACCUCAAACACGUGUAUUUGUUGUUGUUUGUUUAUGAUGCAUAUCACAUUUAUCAUUGCAAUGACUUUAUCGCUCAAGGUGAAAUUAAAAUGUCAAGCAAAAUGUCA